AACACUACUAUAUAACAAAUAAUUUGAGGUAGAAAGAUACAAGUCAUGUGACUAAAAGUAGACACUCAUCUACCAACUGUCAUAUCGUGUAAUGGUUUCCCUCAGACUGCCUCAAUGGUUGGCAAUUUUCAUCUUAUCGUGGCACUCCCAAGUAUCUCAAUCAGUGGAAAUAUGCUGUUGCCCUGAUCUAACCCUAUCAUUAACAGCUGAAGUAUCCGACACAACGAAAAGUUUAGAAAAUGGUUUUAUGUAUAUAGCUAAAAAGGACUCCACUGUGUCACUUAAGUGUGAUCUUGGUGAUAAGGACCACCCAGCAAUCAAGUCAGUGGUAUACGAGUUUCACAAAACUUAUGAUCUUAGUACGAGUAAACCAAUCUCUCUCGACUCCAAGAACAAAGAGCUCUGUUCGGAUGAUGAUGUUCCUACUUGCGACCUGACCAACGUGCAGUACACAGACAAACCAUCAAUGCAGAAUACUUUGGAUACAGCAGAUAACCACAUUUAUCAGUGUUACGCCGAGAUAACGAUGAUAGAUGAUGCUGUUGUCAAACUGUGGUCUCAUACAGUCAAGCUGGACGUUUAUUAUCCACCUACCAAAGAAAAUUUGCCCGUCGUAUCAGACCCCAAAUCUGUAUCUAUUGGAAAAGCAAUGGAGAAGCUUCUUUGCAAGCUACCAGAUUCGAAUCCAAAAACCAAGGCCCGGUGGUCGUUUGAGAAAAAAGAUACUUCAACCUGGGAAGUGAUAGACAUUCCAAAUGACCAAGUUAGGGGCGAUAGACUUGUUAUAGCUGAAGAUGACAUAAGUGCGAUAUCAAAAGAUGACAUAGAUCGAGGAACGCUGCUAAUCAUGAUCUUUAAUGAAGAUGAGGACCAAGGCAAUUAUAAGUGCGAGGCCGUAUACGAUACUGAAUUUGACGACGCUGAUAUGACUUAUGAACUUUCCAAAUACGAAGUCACAUCGAACGGCCAGAACGAUGCGGGCGCCCUCCUUUUAAGACCUGUAUCAGAGAUAACAGAACCAAAUUUGGUAGACCAGGAUUCGACUGUCAACUUUACGGUGUUCAUCAGAGAUACUCCUGGCAGGGGUAAAUGGGAAGAUGUCAGUUACAUUUGGCAAAUCGAGGAAAAUAACCAAGACGUGGAUCUUAACGUCGACGAUUAUCCUAAUCUUCAGCUUUCCAACCAUGGCCGAACCCUGACUGUUACCGAUCUAGUUAAGCAUCGAGAACACGAGUUCCAGUGCAAGAUCAAAAGAACUACUGAUGGAGUGGAGGCAGAUAUAACUAGCAAACAAUUUGGAGUUGGAAAAGUUGAAGUUGUGAUUGCUCCCAAGUUUCUAUCCAUCCCCUUAACGUCACGGACCUGUGUGAAUCUGGGGGAUGAUUUAAAACAAACACCCAACAAAGCCUACAUGAUGCCUAGUGAAGCUCUAGCUGGGGACAAUGCCAAACAAAUCCUGUUGAAAGCAGACAACUGGAAAUUCUACCUUAACGAUUACAAAAUCCAGUUCAUUACGGACACCGAGCAGAAUUAUGACUAUGAAGAUAGGGCAGGUAUAGAUCAAGAUAAGUAUGAAGAUGAACUUCCAGAACCACAGGCGAACCAUCAAACAAGGUGCAUCUAUUGGCAAUACAUGAGGGCGUACGGACUCCAGUAUCAGUUAUUUGAAGUCAUGAAAACGGAGAGAUUUAAGAAUAAAAAUUAUGAAUCAAUCGAAUUCCAAAAAAUUUGUGACAAAGCAAAAAGAACUAAAGAUGAUAAAAAGAUCAGUUUGACUUUCCCAGCAGACACGCCAAUCACAUCAGCUCAGUGUCUUAAGGCGGAUUUGCUUGAUAUGAAUAAUAACACCUUGUUUUCGAAAAGACUUCGUGUAUCAGCUGCCGAUUCAUGUGAAACCUCGACAUUACUGGAAACUUACGAAUUUACGGAUAUUGCUGAACAGAAAGGUCUUAAAAUAAAGAUUUCGUCUGAGUCCUGUGGUGGCAAUGGUCUUGGUAGUGGUAGCUGCAUUCUAGAAGUGGAUGCCGAAAAGUGCAGCAAGCCUACAGACUCCAACGUUGCUACUGUCACCCCUGACACUGCUGAUAUAGAAGCCGGAGAAAAGUACACCAUCACUUGCAUGUCUGAUUAUGUGCCAGGUGAAACAGAACUAUUGUGUGGGAAAGAUGGGAAGUUGUCUCCUGCAUCACCAAACUGUGUUAUUGGAACUUGCUCUAAACCAGAACUGACUGAUAAUGUUGAAAGUGUAAGCCCGGAGGAGGUCAACGCUGGAGAGAAAUUCACUGUUUUGUGCAGAUCUGGAUAUAUUCCUGAAAAUGCUGGACUGAUCUGUAAGACUGAUGGGACUGUGUCCAGUUUGGAUCAUUCCCCAAAGUGUGUUACUGGUACCUGUUCUAAACCACAACUCACGGACACUGAUAAUGUUGAAAGCAUAAGUCCAGAAGAGGUUAACGCGGGUCAAAACUUCACUGUCAAAUGCAAAACUGAUUAUGUUCCGGAACAUUCUCAGCUGACUUGCGAGACUGAUGGGACCGUUUCCAGUUUGAAGAAUCUUCCGAAGUGUAUUGAAAAAGGUGACACAAGCCCUAGCACAAAUGAGGAAGGUUUUCCAGGUUGGGCAAUCGCAGUUAUCGUGAUCAUUGUGAUCCUUGUGAUAGUAUCAGUGGCUGGUGUUGUAGUAUUCAAGAAAAAGUUGUUAUGUUUAAACUCAAACAAGAAAACAGGCCAACAGGACUAUCAAGAAUCAAAAGAAAGUGGAAUCGUCAGUAUGAACUCAGUCAAAGUCAAUGAAGAGGCCAAAUGCGAGGCUGCAUAUGAGAAUGUCGAUAUUUGACCUUAAUAAAGAACAGUAACCAGAUCCAUGAGAAGAAAACAUCAUGAAGUUCUUGAAGAAAGAAGAACUGAUUUGAUCAAGACUCCAUCCUUAUGUUCAUCUACAAUGUGGUUAAUUUAUAUCUUAGCGUUUUGUAGUAGUAGAAGAUCCGGUGAAGACGUAUUAAUGGCAACUGUUAUCUGAUAGAACAUGUAUGAAGACAUGAGUUUUUUUUACAGAAAAUUGGGUUAAUUUGAUGAGUUAUGCAUCUACAGAUUUAUUUCAAUAACAUAAUACUUGUAUUUUUGAUUUCAGACAAAUUUAAAGAUAAUCUUUGAUUUUAAACUAAUUUGGAAUCACAUUUGGUGGGCAUGUUUUAAGUGGAUAGGUAGGUCUUUGAUCAUGAUGUUUUGUGACAUAUCGACCUUUUUUUGGCGACUUCGUCAGUUGCAUGCACUUGCAGUGCACAGUGUAGCUACGCUGAGGAACACUUUUUAAAUAUGCUGCAUCUAUAAUUGGCUAUCGCAAUUUAACUUUAAAUGUUUAAUAUUUUUAGAUAACACACUUGACUGCCGUAUUCAUGCUUUAUUAAUAAGAUAUGAGUUAUUUUACCUGGGGACAGUAUGCUUUUGUGUUUUUAAACACAAAUUAAAGAUAUGGCGGAAUAACAGACUGAGUGCCGCCUCGCCCAGUAACUGUAAGUUAAUUUCAAAUGUUUUAACCCUUAUUUUGGGUGUUUUAUAAAGAUAAACUUGGUGAAGUGGUCUAAACAUGUACAGUCGCUUAACCAAUUAAGGGUGUAGGAAGCGUAACGAUAAGCCAGUCCACAUAUUUAAAAUAUUGAUUAUUUAUAAAUGUUCUAAUUUGUAUUACUUGAUUGAAUAUAUCAGUUUGCUUAUUUACCUGGCACGCCAGUCCCUGUGCGCGGCGCUCUUUUCAAGCUUCCCGAACGUGAGAGUAGCGAGCAAUAGCAAAUAAACUAGCAAGCUAGGUAAUUUGCUUACAUGAAUUAUGAUAUGCGUUUUUGAAAAAGUAGUUAGAUAUCUUUUUUAUUUGA